CCGCCUGCCCCACGCCGCCAGGCUGCUCCCCGCCAGGUUCCCCAGACACAGCCUCACCUGUGGGCUCCCUAUUCCCCCAGCCUCCAGUGGAUGCUCAGGCCAACCGCGGGGACCUCGGGACAACCGUGAGAGGGACAUCCAGCUCCUCACUCAGCUCUCCUCCUGUACCAGCGGCUCCCCCAGGGGGACGAGCAUGGUGAUUGUCCCUUGGAGUACAUUCGAUCCGGACGUCUGAGAAGAUGCUAGCCAUGAGGUUGUUCACUUGCUUCCUGCAGCUCCUGGCUGGGCUGGCCCUGCCUACUGCACAUUCCCGGCAGAGUAUCCUGUCUUCUGGGAAUGGCUCAUCAGAAGUGGAAGUGGUGCCCUUCCAUGAAGUGUGGGGCCGCAGCUACUGCCGGACGAUGGAAAAGCUGGUAGACAUCAUGUCCGAGUACCCCAACGAGGUGGAACACAUAUUCAGUCCAUCCUGUGUUGCCCUGCAGCGCUGCACUGGUUGCUGUGGUGAUGAGAACCUGUACUGUGCACCAGUAAAAACCGCCAAUGUCACCAUGCAGGUCCUGAAGAUCCCCCCUCAAUUUGAGGCUCAGCCCUCCUAUGUGGAGCUGACGUUCUCUCAGCACGUGCUCUGCGAGUGCAGACCUCUGGAGGGGAAGACGAAGUCAGAAAGGAGGAGACCCAAGGGCAGGGGGAAGAGGAAGAGAGAGAAGCAGAAACCCACAGACUGUGAGAAACCCCACCUGUGA